AUGUUGCUACGAUUUCUGUCACUGGCCGGUCUCUGCCUGGGCCGUGGCGUCGCUGCCCUCGCUCCUCAGGGCCACCCCUCCGAUAUUCAAACAUCAAACAUCCAACAUUCUCGCCAUUUCUACAAAAUCGACAUUCCCUGCUCUUACUGUGCAUUCUCAGACGCCGAAUGUUCUCAGAGUCCCGAAUCAAAAUCAUACGUGACUAUUGACUUCUCCUCCGACAAUGGCACCCUAUCCGCCAACCACGAAUCCGUCUUCCCACCGUCAUUACCCAUGCAAUUCCCCGCAGUCAAGCACUCGGAUUCCGGCGACCAAUCCGUCCAGGUCGCAUACAGCCUCGACGCACGACCUCUCCCCGCCCAGCCUGGCGCCCUCCUAGGCGAGACAUACCUCCUCAAACUGCGCCUGUUCGAUCUCCACGGCCGGCCCGUCACACCCGAUCUGGUCGCGAUAGCCGUAUCCCGACACGACGACGGCACCCUCAGCAUCGGCAAGGUCGAGCGGUCCCCGUUCCACAGACACGGCCACAUGACGUCCACCUGGCGCCUUCUCAAAUCGCACAUCAGGCCUUACCUCGAUCAGUUGGCUGGUGGUGCCGGCCCCGAUGGAGAAGGACAACCGCGCCAUCAUCGCCGGCCGGCCGAUAUCUACCGGUUCAAGAACCCUGCGUCCCACUACCACAAUACCAUGCCGUGGAGCAGCCGCGAUCGCAGCUUCAUGAGGCUCGUGCGCCCGGUGAUUCUGCCUGCGUUGCUGGGUGUUACGGCAGGAUUGUGUGCGUGUCUGGUUGGGUUCGUGGUUGGGAAGGUCAUGAUCUCGCUCUGUCGGUGGUGGUAUGUCCGGGGUGAAAAGGGGUAUCGCGAGGUCCCGGCUAUUAUCAUUGACUCGGUGGAGCUGGAGGAACGUCUCGUCGCGGAAAAGGAGAACUCGGGUCGAACGUUGCGGUGGCUGGGUGUAUGA